CUUCCUCGUUUUCUCUCUUCGUUGCAAUAGUGACCACACUUCAAAAGCAUUGCUUGCCUACAAAUCAUCAUUGAUUUCUUGAGAUUAUGGAAGGCACUGUUUAAUUGCAAGUCUUUUUACAGUGGAAUAAUUGUGCAAGGUCUCCUCCUGUAGACUUUGCUGCUGGUAUGUCCGUGCUCGAUCAAUCUGUUCUACCGCAGUCGUCAUCUUUUGUGUUUCAACCCAACCCCUGUUCCACCAGCUUCAGCAACAACGUUUCAUCUCCAGUGUCUCACCAUCAGAAUAUGAUCUCAUUUAGAACCAGUGUAUCCAACUCCACCACUAAUACGGUGACUAUCCACCAUGACAUGGCUACCUUAAACUCCCCAUCACGUUCAUCACCUUUAUAUAAUGGCUUCCAAGUCCUUGGUCAUUCACAAUCUUCGAGACCCAGUGGGCAAAGGCACAUUAUUCCUGAAGCUUCCAAUAAUGUUGCGUCCAACAUGGCAUUGGGGCGAUAUGGGAAUGGUGGUUUGAUGGGCAGCCGGAUUGGACUGGCACUGUUUGGCGCGUGCAGUGGCAACAGAGCUUUGUUUAAAAGCAUUGAAGAGGAAAGUGACUGCUGCUUGCUGUACAUUGUGGAGGAUUGCAUCCAGGAUUUGGAAUGUACCUUCAGCACGGACAUACUUGCAAACACCAGGGUGUUACGGGGGCAGGACGCUGAGAUUGUGCUCAAUGACGAACGCGUCUCAGGAAUUAUUAUUUGUUCAUUGGCAGAAGAAGGCUCGGAAAUAGUCCUGGAUGCUUUACGUGCAGGUAAAGGAGUAUUCUGUGAAAAGUUACUGAGUUUAGACAAGCAAAUGGCUGAGUCAUGUUUUGAUGAAGCUGCAAGAUGUGGGCAACCUCUAGUCUGUGGUCUAUAUAAACGUUUUGAUCCAGCUGUGCAGUUCUUGUACAAGAAGGUUCACAAUAAAGCUCUAGGGAGGAUUCAACGAAUAGUCAGUGUCAGUAGAACCUUCCCAUCUCCAUCUUUAAGCUAUAUCAAAAAAGCAGGUGGGAUAUUCUACGAUGGUGUAGUACAUGACCUAGAUACUAUCUGCUGGCUACUUGGGGAAAACGCUCCAGAUACCAUAUUUUCAUUGGGUCAUGCCUUCUGCCAAGACAUUGCAGCACUUAAGGAUGCUGACACAGUCUCAGUCAGCAUGAAAUUUGCCAGUGGUGCUAUAGUCACGCUUGAUGUCAGCCAGCAUUGUACACGCAGCAUUGACCAGAGGUUGGAAGUUCAUGGAUCAGAAGGAACACUAAGGAUGGACAAUCAGAGUGCCCUUGGAAUAACUGAGCAGGGCACACCAAGACCUGUGUGUUCCCAAUUGCAUUAUGACCGAUACAAAGAUGCUUACAGAGAUCUGGUGAAACACUUCCUCAAAACUCUGAAAGGGAAGGAAGAGCCAUUUAUCACAAAGGAGAAUUUCUUGUGGACAAUUCAGGUUGCAGCGGCUGCAGAACAGUCUUGGAGGAAUGGUUCAGCAGUGGAUCUGCGGAAUGAAGCCCUUGAUGGCACUGUUAUUAAAACUGAAGUGCCCUGAAAGAAACAACAUAAGGCAGUUGAAGACCAUGUUUAAUUACAGUCUGCAGCAGUAACUCAUUGGAUUGGGGGUGGAGGAACAGUGAAAAAAUAAAAUGAACAGAGAGCUGAUUCAUAAACUGUUCAUUCCUCUUGUGAACCAAUACUUCUAAAGGAAAAGUUUUAUUCUGAGUCGUGGGUUCAACUGAUAGCAAGUAGACCAGCCUGAUAUGGAUGUCAGGGAGAUUUGGGGGUGGCAGAAGACCAGGAACAGGAUGUUUGAAGGAAUGAGUUAACCCACUGUGCAGAUUUGAUCCUACAAUAUCCCACUGAGAACCUAUUGCUGUACUAACACUCAGUAGUUGGCUACAUCCGACAUUGAAUAUUGCACAGGAGAAAGUGGGAGCUCCAACAUAAGGAAGUUUCCGUAGGAUCAGUAGAAAUGUAUUGUAUCUCCUUCCCUUAUGGCCCCUCAUGUCAUACUGCAAUUGCCUGUUUCAUGUGCUUUUCAGCAGCAACUAACAGCUGAUUAUUCUGUCCAUUAUCUGUCUAUGAGUGUUUUGAACUUCAGAACAAUGCACAUGGAACUCAGGUGCUUCUGUGUAGGUAGGCCCUCGCAACAGUCCAUCAAGGCUGUGUGUGAAGGUUGUCUUUAAAGGCCUAGGUUAAAUAUCUAUUGAUUAGUCUAUCAUGGGAUUUUUUUUUUAAAAUCUGCCCAUAAAUUAGAAGCAUUUUUCCAUGUUUUACUGACUUGAUGGCAGUGCAUUAAUAUGGGUACUGUAUGUGUAACCGAUUGGAGUCGGUGUUUGCACGGAUUUCUUUUGCUGUACUUUAGCUGCAAUACUGGCAUUUUUACAAUCCUGUAACUUAAAUAAUUUAACAAAAUUUGAUCUAAUGUAGGUUGAAAACGCAAUUUAUUUAGAAAUAUGUGCUUUUAUAUUUGUAAUUAUUGGACAGUUUAGGAUUGCUUCUAAACAUGAAUACAGUUGCUGGACUCCUACCAAUGACACAGCUAGAAUUGGGGGUGGGGAGAAGGGUUUGGAUACUUACAAAGAAAAUAACACAUUUUUUAACUGAACAACUCAAAAAUGAAUGGUAAUUUUUAUUUAAAACUGCAAACUUUUUAAUAGAUAUAGAGAAUUUUCUCCUUUUUUGUCUAAAAUGUAUUGUGUGAAUACAGUGAAUGUUAAUUUCAUCCUUAACAUUGCAUUGCUGUUCAUGUUAACUAUUUAAUGGGUAGUGGAAGGGCAAGGAGAAACUCCUUCUGGACAACAACAAAUCAGCUUUUGUCAUCCAAGUCAGAAGACCUGGGCCCAUGCCAAUAUUUAACCCAAAGUGAUCAGAAACACUGGAAUCAAAAGCAGCAGAAAAAGACUGUCUGCCUUAACUAAACACAAUGCAUUUUCAGAGUUACAUUGGUAUUUUCACUGUACUGCAUUUCAAGAAUCUUCAUGGAUCAAUAGAUUCCACAAGAUCUUUUAUUUAACUUCUUUUCGAGGUGGAAUCUGGAGUUGAUGUUGGGGGAGAGUUUUUUGCAAAGAUGAUGUGGAAGAACAGCUUGAUUAUUUAAUGACAGUAAAUACUGUAGCCUGAGGAAGUGAGAUAUUGAACUUUGAUAUAAGUACCUGCUGGCAUUUCAGUUCAGUGACUGUGGGAUUUCAUUUUUCCACUAUUCUUUCAUGGAAUGUGGAUGCUAAUUAUUGUCUGUUCUAAUUGUCCUUGAACUAAACUAGGGCAUUUUCAGAGGGCAAAUGCAAACUGAUCAUAUUACUGUGGAUCUGGAGUCAUAUGUAGGCCAGACCAAGUAAGGUUUCCUUCCCUUACUUGGAGGUAAGAUGAUUACUGAACAACACAGGUUUUUACAACAAUAACUGACAAUUUCAUGGUUACCAUUGCUGAGACCAACCUCAUGUUCCAGAUUGUAUUAAUUAAAUUUAAGUUCCACAGCUGCCAUUGUAGGAUUUGAACUUGAGUCCCCAGAGCAUUAGCUUGGAUCUCUGACUGAAGUUCAGCUGACCAAAGUUUGUGCAUCUAGCUGAUAAUUUAAAGCAGGAUUUUUGCCCCAAUUUCCAUAUUCUUUUGCAACAGCAUUACUGAAGGAUAGGAGGUGGGCAGAGUGAUAUUAUUGCAAAAACCACAGUGUGGGGUCCAGUUCCCUUGUGGGAAUGCAGUGAUAUUAAAUAACGUGAAAGAGAAGGGAAUCAGGAUUAGUUGCUAUCAUGAAAAACCAAAGAACUGUGGAUGCUGAAAAUCAGAAACAAAAACAGAAAUUUCUGGAAAAAUUCAGCAGGUCUGGUGGGAUCUCUGAGGAGAAAGUAUAAUUAACAUUUUGGGUCCAGUGACCCUUCUUUAGAACUUCUAUCAAGUGUGAUAUGAAGAUAAUGAGAAGGUUAACUUAAUUCCAACCUCUGAAAUGCCCAGUGCAGAUUGUGCAGCAGCUGCUGGGGACUGUUGCCACAUAGCUGUAUUUUCCUUAUGUGGGAGGUGACGCCAAUGAUUCCAAAUAUUUAAGAAUUAAUACAAUUUGCAACUUAUAGUGCAUACAAAAAUUAUAAUUCUCAUAAAUAAUUAAAGCCUAUUUAAUUUAUUAAACUUUAUAUCUGCAGACCUAAUAUCCUAAGUUUGCCUUGUUAUAGUGGUUGUGGUGACAAGUUAAUAAACCAUCUCAUUAGAGGCUUCAUAAUUGGAGUUGUGUAGAUUUUGAGAAAUGUGGACUAAGCCUUCUGCUUCUCGAAGGAACAUAACAGGCAACCUGAGAUGCUGCCUUUGAGUACUUGCACCUACUUGAGUGACCUUGGAAUCAGUGUAGCAUAGAACAGAAGGCUCACUGAGUCUGUGGAUGUUUUUGAAGAACUCCCCAGCUUAUCCUACUCUUUGACUCUUCCCCUGUGUUACUGCAUUUUUUCUCCUUCUUUAAGUAUUUACCCAAUUCUUCUGAAAUCUACUUUUAAACCUGUUCCCACCAUCCAGUUCAAUAUUGCAUUCCAAAUUCUAAGCUGCUCAUGGGGGGAAAAAAAUCAUUUUUUUUCCACCUUGUGUUGCAUUUUUAAGGGAAUCACUUCUGUCCUCUGGUCAUCAACAUUUAAAAAUGAUAUUUAUUUACUUGAUUUAAAUCCUUAACAAUUUUAAACACCUCUAUCAAAUCUCCUCUUAGCCUUUUAAGUGUUUAUUCAAACCCAGCCUGGUUGAUCUUACCUGAACUAGUUCAAACUCAAUUUUAAAACUCAAUUUUUAAUUAAUCUUUUUUCUCUGAUGUCUAGCUUUAGUGAUGUGUAUUGUAUUUUUUUCACAAUGUUUUGUCAAAAGAAAAUAAUUUUGUACUUCUUUGGCUUAUCCAUUUCUGAAUCAGUGUACUUUUUUUGAAAGAGAAAUUUUACUUUAUAAUUAAGAUGCAGGUAUUUAUGCUAGACCUAUAAGAUACAUAAUUGACAGCAGCAGAGCAUUCUGGAAACUUCCUGAAAUGGUUCACCUUUAGUGUGAACCCAGAUGGUGAUGUAAUCUAACUGUAAGCUACAUGCCUAUGCUCAAUACCUCCUUGUUAGCAGAGGUCAGUAGAAAGCAACCAAGACAUGUGAUUGAGAUAUAUUUUGUUUUUCCUUUAGCUUUUUCAGCGGAGGGGGUGAACCCAGUUAUAUAGUAUCUCAGCUGCUUUACUAGCUUUGAAUUUGGACCUUUCUGCUAAUAGAACAUUCUGUACAAUGUUGUGUACUUAUUCAGCUAUUGUGGAAAAGUAAAGAGCUGUAGAGAGCUUUCAUACAGUCAUGUUCAUGAAGGUGCUCUGCUUUGUGGCUCCAAGGGAAAUGGAACCUAAGAUGCUGUUAGGUUAGUAGCCGAGGAUAUCUUAGUGCAAAGCUAUGAUGGGUAAUCUUAAGAUAUCAAAGCUAUUGAUAGGAACUCCAGCUUAUUACAAUACUCAGAUGAACAAGUGAAUAUGAAAUUAUAAUCUCAAAGUUACAUUCCUGUGACUGAAUGGGUCAUUUGUGACCCACAAUUAUUAGUUUAUUUGAGAUUUUAAGAUCAUUUGGCUAGACAGUAUGACCACUCGGUGUCAAUCAAUGGGAUAAAUUUCUUUUCCAGAUAUUGAUAACUGUGCACAGUAUGGAACAAAUUGGUGAGAAAGUUAACAUUGCUCGAAAAAAGUUGUCAAUGCACAUUAUCAAUAUUUGUAACUACUCAUUUCAUAAUAUACUCUGCUUCCUGUUGUUGUGGGCUCUGACACAUUAUCUUUGUUCUAGGGAUGUUGCUGAAACUGAGAUUUGAGAAUUUUUUGACAUGAUUUGAGGAGCAAGGUUGAGAGCCUGACAAGUUGCAAUAUUAAUUGUCAUGAAGAAUGGUCAGUUGGUCUAAAUUUAAUCAUGAUGUUUCUUAAAACUGACGAGGCUAAUACUGCAAGAAUGGCAGCUUGCUUUUCUUGUUGGGCCCCUUUUCCCUUCUUCCAGAUCACCAGAACCCAUCUGGAAAUUUACAUGUGUGAACCUGGAGAUCACAGAUUGAAAGGUUAUUUGUACAGGAAUGGCCAUUUAGACCUGAAUCUGAGAUUGUCUGAUCAUGUGUGUGCAAGGUUGGCUGAUCUGCCUAUUGAGUGGAAACUUAUUGUUUUUUUUUCCCCUAGACUCUACUGCCACCUAGCUUGAAGUUACCAAAAGCAUUUUCAAUAGUCUCACUAUCACAACUUAACUCCACAGGCCGUGGAUACGACAUUGAACUUUCUUCAUCUAUUUAGCCUACUGUGAUUAGAUUAGAUUACUUACAGUGUGGAAACAGACCCUUCGGCCCAACAAGUCCACACCGACCCGCCAAAGU